UCAUGUGACUUUAUCACCAUAGAAACCACAGGCGCCGUUUGGCGGCACUGAUCUCUAUGGAUACUGGACGCGUCUCCUUGGUAACGGAGGCUGUAGCUACAGGAAGAGCGCGUGGCCCGAACCCUCGGCAGACAGCACCGGAGAGCGGCGGAUCCCGGCACACACUGAGUAGACCGGACACAGCGCCGCCGUAUACCGGAUAUCUUCCGUGCAGCCUCAUCAGACAUGUCAGACCUGGGCUCCGAUUUUGAGGAGGACGCUGUGCCCGACCUGGGGUAUUAUGAAGGGGAGAAGAAUGAGGCCGGGGAGAGACACGGACAAGGUAAAGCGCGGCUUCCGAAUGGAGACACGUAUGACGGGAUGUAUGAGAACGGGCGGCGGCACGGUCAGGGGACGUACCGCUUCAAGAACGGCGCACGCUACGUGGGAGAAUACUACCAGAACCGCAAGCACGGCGGGGGCACCUUUAUGUACCCGGACGGAUCCCGAUAUGAAGGUGACUGGGUGGAUGACCAGCGACAAGGCCAGGGCGUGUAUACUUAUGCCAACGGGGACACCUACAGCGGGGACUGGUAUGCCCAUCAGAGGCACGGGCAGGGGGUCUACACCUACGCGGACACCGGCUCCAGGUACAUGGGCACCUGGGUGAACGGGAAACAGGAGGGCGCCGGAGAGCUCGUCCAUCACAACCACCGCUACCAGGGGAAGUUCUCCAACAACACGAUCCUGGGUCCGGGGAAGUACGUUUUUGACAUCGGCUGCGAACAACAUGGAUCAUACGUGCAGGCAGAGCAGCCACAGCAGCCGCCGCACCCCGGCCGGGGGAGAGCAGGGGGCCCCUCCAAGGACCCCCCUGUAAUCAAGGGCUUUGUGCUGAACGCCCCCGCGGAAGUCCAGGAGAAGGAUGACGAGGAGGAGGAGGAGCCGCUGGCGGUGCCCGUGACCCGGUGGAUCCCAGAGAAGAUCAGCGGCUUGACCCUGUGGUCCCCGACAGCGGAGGUGCAGCCGCCCCCACCAGUGGUUGGAGACCCAGCAGAGGUGACGGCAUCUGACGCCGCUGCUCUGGACACCGCUGCUCUGGACACCGCUGCUCUGGACGCCGCUGCUCUGGACGCCGCUGCUCAGGACACCGCUGCUCAGGACACCACUGCCCAGGACGCCGCUGCUCAGGAUGCCGCUGCUCAGGACGCCGCUGCUCAUCACCAGAACGCAGAGACCACCAAGGCCCCGGCCCAGGAAGAGUCACCGAAUCGAAUCACUGCCGAGGCCGAACCGCAAAUACCUGACAGCGCCAGAGGCGGCGACACUGCGCGGGACGAAGACGCCAAUUAACACAAUGAGAGACGGGAAGGAGACCGAGGAACAUCUGCAUCCUCCAGCAUGGACCCAACCACCCAGAAGAACACGGACACCACCGCCCACAGGAGCCCGAGCCAGACCCCAGCGCCUAGAGGUACCUGGAGCCCAGCGCCCAGAGGAGUCCACGCUGGAGCCCACCACCCAGAGGAGUCCACGCUGGAGCCCACCACCCAGAGGAGUCCACGCUGGAGCCCACCACCCAGAGGAGUCCACGCUGGAGCCCACCACCCAGAGGAGCCCAAGCGGGAGCCCACCACCCAGAGGAGUCCACACUGGAGCCCAGCACCAAGAGAAGCCCAAGCUGGAGCCCACCACCAAGAGAAGCCCAAGCUGCAGCAGCUUCUACACAACUUGCUCACUAAUAAACUGUGUUCACCCCA